GCUCCCCGCGGGGAGACGCAGGCCCGAGAGGCCCAUCGCGCCUGCAUCGCGCCGCGCGCUCCUCCCGAACCCGGGCCGCGCUCCUGGACGCCCUGGUUGCAUUGGAGAGACCCCGGGCUCCCGCGCCCACCGCUCAUAGGCGCUCUGAUCCCCCCACUGCCUCACAGCCAGGCUGACCAGUAUGACCUCAGCUGGGACCAGCAGCUCAACCUGGCCUACGUGGGCGCUGUCCCUCAUGGUGGCAUUGAGCAGGUCCGGACCCACUGGCUGCUGGAGCUCGUCACAGCCAGGUGAGUGAUGGGGGCAGCCGGCAGAGCCCCCUUUAUGGAGAGGAGGACCGAGGCUAAGAGGAGGACUAUGUCGGGGUGUGCAGGACCGGGCAGUGUGAGGGCCGUGGUGGGGGCAGAAGAGAGGAGAAUCCUGCUCUGAGGAGCUGUUGCCCUCACACUUCCCGGCAGAAUGUCAUGUGUGGGGCUCUGGUGGGUGCUGAGCGGCCCCUGGAUUGGGCACAGCUGACAUCCCGCUGGACGUCACUUAGAGGCUCAGGGGCGGGUUGGUGUUCCGCUGCACCAGCAAGAGUGCACCCACAUACCUCAUGCGGUGUGCUCGGGGGUCAGGCUUUGCAGGAACACUGCCCAAGGGCUGGGCUGCAGUUGUGUUGGUCCCAGCCCCCUUCGGCCCUGCAAGGCUCAGCCCAGCCAAGGCGUGAGACGAAGGAACACUUGGUUGUGUGUUGGGAAGACUUCAGAGACACAGAGACCCUCAGGCCCCUGGCCAGAGCUGCCACCUCUCACCAGUGGGCCCGGGACUGGGCAGGCCAAGGGACCAGUAUCCUAUGGGCACCUUGGAGGCGUCCUGAUUGCCUCGGGCCCUUGUUCAAAUAAGAGGUGACACCCUCUGUCAAAUCGACCCUACAGGACCAUGGACACACAGCGCGCGGGCCCAGGGGGCUCUGUGACAGUCCGUUUCAAAGGUGCCGCUCUUGGAUGUUCAAGCGUCUGGGGCCUCUGUGUGCUCCCCGGUUCCUCCAGGGUGGAGGGGCACCGUGUCACUCUUGGAGGGGUGUGGUGAGUGGUGUCGGUGACCGACUGCGGGAGCGUGUCUGCUGAGGGCUCCUGGGACGCUGCUAGAGGGCGGAGUCCGUGGCCGCCAGCGCCCUGCGGCGAGCUCGGGCCCCCUGCACGGCGCUGUGCACGCUGUGGAAGAGCUGCCCCUCCUCGGCCGCGUCCUCCUGGUCCUCCCCAAGGAAGCCACCUCUCCUCAGCGUGUCCCUCACCAAGGGGCUGCAGCAGGCCAGGAGCAGGGCGAUGCCCAGGGCCCCGUAAUCUCGGCGCAGGCCCUGUAGCGUGGCCACACCGGCUGCAUCCAGGAACAGCAGCGGGGCACAGUCGAUGACCACGGCAUGGAAGCGGGCCACCGUGGACACCAGCGCAGCCGUGCUGGUCACUGGGCCCGGGUCCACGCCCUCGGCAGGGUCUCCCUCGCCGGCCCUCACCUCCAGGCCCUGCUCCUUCUUCCUGGCGGCCGCGCGCCCUGCGUCCAGCCCCGUGAGGCUGUAGAGUGACCGCAGGAAGAAAUCCUUGUUGGCGUAGUGGAGCGGCCCCGCAAAGCGGAAUAUCCGCACCCCAGGCUCAGGGACCAGGCCCUCAAACUCCGCAGCGUCCUCGUAGAAGCCAGAGUCCCCGAUCUGAGCGAGCAGGGCAGCCCGCGGGCGCUGGGUACGGCCAACCAGGCUGAGCAGAGACAGGAGGAUGCCGGCCAGCAGCCCCACCUCGACGCUGACCAGCGCGCAGGUGGCCGCCGUGGCCACCCAGACCAGCGCGUCAGCGGGGCUGAGCCUCCACAGCUGCGGGACGUCCCUCACCUUGCGCAGGGCGCCCCGCAGGCUGACCACAAUGACGCAGGCCAGCACGCACCGCUGCAGGUCCCGGAAGAGCGGUGCCAGGGCCAGCAGCACCAACAGCACCACGGCGGCGCUGACCACGCUGGACAGCUGCGUGCGGCAGCCGGUGGCUGUCUUCACUAGGCUCUUGGACAGGGCAGCGCUGGUGACAUAACAGUGGAAAAAGGCAGGCAGCACGUUGCAGCAGCCCACGGCCAGCAGCUCCUGGUUGGCCCUCACGGAGUAGCCGUGGCUCCGGGCAAACAUCUCGGCCAGAGAGAUGGAGAAGGCGGAGCCCACGAGGGCCAGGGGCACGGCGUCCAGCACCACACGCCACAUCAGCCCAGGGUCGGGCACCCGGGGGGCCACGAAACCAGUGGGGAUGUCGCCGGCCACGCUGGAGCCAAAGCGUUCGUGGAGCUGGCCGAAGUGGGACACCAGCGUGGCCGCCACGAUGACCAGUAGCUCCGUGGGCAGCGGCACCUUUAGGCGGUGCCGGCAGCGGUCUGAGAGCUCCUUCGAGGCCAGCAGCACGGCCAGGCACGUGGCACUGGUGACCACGUCGCAGAGGUUGGCCUGCCCAGCGCUGCGCAGCAGGCUCAGCCACGUGCUGACCACCAUGCCCGGCCCUUGGUGCCGUGGGAUCUGCACGCCCAGCAGGUGCCUCAGCUGGGAGGUCAGGAUGGUCACCGAGGCCCCCAUGGCAAAGCCAUCGAGCAGUGGCUGGGAGAGGGAGUCAGCUGGGCAAGGCCUGAGCUACAACUUCACGCAUCUGGAUCGGUACCUGGAUCUUCUCAGGGAGAACCAGCUCCUCCCAGGCUUUGAGCUGAUGGGCAGCCCCUCCAAACGCUUCACCAACUUCGAGGACAAGCAGCAGGUGUUUGAGUGGAAGAAGCUGGUCUCCCUCGUGGCCAGGAGAUACAUUGGCAGGUAUGGACUCUCACACGUUUCCAAGUGGAACUUCGAGACAUGGAACGAGCCAGACCACCACGACUUUGACAACGUGUCCAUGACCAUGCAAGUGCCCUCCCGCCCAGGCUUCCUGAACUACUACGACGCCUGCUCCGAGGGUCUGCGGGCUGCCAGCCCGGCGCUGCGUCUGGGCGGCCCCGCGGACUCCUUCCGCCCCUGGCCGCGCUCGCCGCUCUGCUGGGGCCUCCUGGGUCACUGCCACAACGGCACCAACUUCUUCACGGGGGAGCUGGGCGUGCGGCUGGACUACAUCUCCCUCCACAAGAAGGGCGCGGGCAGCUCCAUCUCCAUCCUGGAGCAGGAGAAGGCCACCGUGCUGCAGAUACAACGGCUCUUCCCCACGUUUGCUGACACCCCCAUUUACAACGAUGAAGCGGACCCGCUGGUGGGCUGGUCCCUGCCGCAGCCUUGGAGAGCCGACGUGACCUACGCGGCCAUGGUGGUGAAGGUCAUUGCUCAGCACCAGAACCUGCUGGUGGCCAACUCCAGCUCUGCUGUGCACUACGCGCUCCUGAGCAACGACAACGCCUUCCUGAGUUACCAGCCGCACUACUUCACACAGCGCACGCUCACCGCGCGCUUCCAGGUCAACAACACGCGUCCGCCGCACGUGCAGCUGCUGCGCAAGCCCGUGCUCACCGCCAUGGCGCUGCUGGCCCUGCUGGACAGCGAGCAGCUCUGGGCCGAGGUGUCGCAAGCCGGGACGGUGCUGGACAGCAACCACACGGUGGGCGUCCUAGCCAGCGCCCACAGCCCGGCUGGCCCCCUGGACGCCUGGCGUGCCACCGUGCUGGUCUACGCGAGCGACGACACGCGCGACCACGCCAAUCGCAGCGUCGCCUUGACCCUGCGCCUGCACGGGGUGCCCCCAGGCCCGGGGCUCGUCUAUGUCACCCUGUACCUGGACAACCGGCUCUGCAGCCCCCAUGGCGAGUGGCAGCGCCUCGGCCGGCCUGUCUUCCCCUCGGCAGAGGAGUUCCGGCGCAUGCGCGCUGCCGAGGACCCGGUGGCCGUGGCGCCACGCCCCUUCCCUGCCAGUGGCCGCCUGACAAUAAGCCCAGCGCUCCGGCUGCCCUCGCUCCUGCUGGUGCACGUGUGUGCACGCCCCGAGAAGCCGCCAGGCCAGGUGACCUGGCUCCGUGCCCUGCCCUUGACCAGUGGGCAGGUGCUUUUGGUCUGGUCGGAUGAGCGCGUGGGCUCCAAGUGCCUGUGGACGUAUGAGGUCCAGUUCUCCGCAGAUGGUGAGGCAUACGCUCCUGUCAGCAGGAGGCCAUCGACGUUUAACCUCUUUGUGUUCAGCCCAGACUCUGCUGUCACGUCCGGCUCCUACCGGGUUCGAGCGGUGGACUACUGGGCCCGGCCAGGCCCCUUCUCGAACCCUGUGCGAUACCUGGAGGUCCCUGCAUCAUGAGGGCCCCCACUGCCCAGUGACCAUGAGCCUGUGCUGACCCGUGAGCCUGGGCGGCCAGGAGCUGCGAUGGGCUGGACCACCAACGGCCCAUCAGUCGGCUCUGUUCGUCCUCUCCUGUCCUCUUGCUCAUCCCCUUAAAGUGCCUUUCCACUCA